AAAAAAAAAAAAAGAAGGAUUUGUUAAAAUGGCACAAGCAUGUAUGUUUUUAAUUAGCUGAAUGGAUCUUGUAAUAAUCUUUCCUAGCUAGAAUUUCAUGCGGCAAAUAUCUCCCUCCUAUUGUUGUGUUGAAGUUGGGGGUCUGUUGUCUAAGUGGUAGUGAAGCCCCCAAGGAUGCAGCUGGAUUGAGGGGGAGGGACUACAGGGAAAGAAAGAAGAGGGGGGGGUUGUUAAGAAAUCAAGAGAAGCCUGGCUUCUGGCUGACCUCCAGCUCUCAACCUCCACUAGAUUCUCUUGCGGAGUGAAUCAAUUCGGGAGUACAUACACUAGGCACACGCCGCCGUUAACAAAAGGACGACCAUGAGUCCCUGGGGGGACGUACAUGUGUGAGCACUGCAAUCAACUCUCUGCAUAGAAGAAAAGUGACAUGUGACUACUCAAACUUUGAGAGGAGGGCGCAAACAAAAAAGAGCAUGAGAAGAAACUAACAAUCCCAUCACAGAAAGUUCUCACAGCUGUACAGUUCUGAUGGACUCAGGAAGGAAAGACAAAUUCGGACACAGAUUAGACCAUCUUGGCAACAUCUCCGGCAAAGGAAGGGUUAAAGAAACACCUCCCACAAACAAAAUAAAUUCGGUCUUUCUGUGGAACAUGAAAGGAUGCUGAAGGCUGGGAAAUAAAGGAGGACACAAGUGGAAUAUCAACCAACUGAUAGAUGUAAAGAGGGUUUUUACCAAAAAUCUCAUAUACUCACUUUAAUAUGUUUAAGGAUUCUGGUGUCUCAUACGCAACCAAGGCUUAACACAGAUGUCAGGAACAGUAUGGUUAUUUUUGGAAUAUAGAAAAUGGAUACAAUUUAUGGAAGCAUAGCAAUGCUAUAGCUUGCCUAGGUGAAAUGGUAGAAGAGACAUGGAAGAAGCCAUUUUGACAUAUCGCCAUUUAUCUGGAGGACCUCCUGACUUUACUCUCUGGCACAAAAUGCCAGAACUUAACUCGUCUAACAAUGGCAGUUUCCUAAACAGUAUCGGGCCAGUGAAAGAAUCAAAGUGCUGGCUGGCACUUCUGACACUUAUGGUUAUUAUUCCUACAAUAGGUGGCAACAUCCUUGUAAUCUUGGCAAUAUCACUGGAGAAGAAACUACAAAACGCCACUAACUACUUUCUUAUGUCACUGGCUGUGGCAGAUCUGCUGGUUGGGAUAUUUGUGAUGCCUAUUGCACUUCUCACCAUUAUGUUCCAACCUGUCUGGCCUCUACCGCAGUGCCUGUGUGCCAUUUGGCUAUUUUUAGAUGUCCUGUUUUCCACGGCAUCAAUUAUACACCUUUGCGCCAUAUCUUUGGACCGGUACAUUGCCAUCAAAAAACCUAUCCAAGCCAGUCAAUUCAACACCAGAGCAAAAACGCUUCUAAAAAUUGCAGCGGUGUGGUUGAUAUCAGCAUGCAUUGCUGUGCCUAUCCCAAUCAAAGGUCUUCUUGACCCCAACACCAUCUUCAACUCAAACACCACAUGUCUUGUUCGGACUGAGCACUUCAAGUACUUCAUUAUUUAUGGAUCAAUGGCGGCAUUUUUUAUCCCAUUUGCAAUUAUGGUAGUCAUUUACUUCCUGACCAUUCACUUACUGAAGAAAAAAGCAUAUCUAAUCAAGAACAAACACCCUCAGCGCCUUACCUGGUCCACAGUGUCCACGGUCUUUCAGAGAGAUAUUACUCCCGGUUCUUCACCAGAGAAAGUUGCUAUGUUAGAUGGUCCAAGACGUGACCGGCCACUGCAUAUUAACAGUGAUGAAUUUCCCAUACGAAGGCUAUCCAGUGUGGGUAAGAAGUCUAUGCAGACCAUUACAAAUGAACAAAGAGCUUCGAAGGUCUUGGGCAUAGUGUUUUUCUUGUUUGUUUUUAUGUGGUGUCCUUUUUUCAUUACCAAUGUGGCCUCAGUCCUCUGUGAUCCAAAUGACUGUGACCCCGAAGUUAUCAAGAUGCUAAUGGAAAUAUUUGUCUGGAUUGGGUACAUUUCUUCCGGGGUCAACCCAUUAGUUUACACUCUAUUUAACAAGACUUUCAGAGAUGCCUUUGGGCGCUACAUCACAUGUAAUUUCCGGGGUAUGCACUCAGUAAAAAUCCUACGGAACUGCUCUAGUCGGAUAUCAUUUCGGAACUCUGUGGCAGAAAAUUCAAAACUCAUCAUGAAACAUGGAAUGAAAAACGGGAUGAACCCAGUCAUGUAUCAAAGUCCACUAAGAUUACGUAACUCGCAGCUCGAGUCCUCUGCCAUUUUGCUUGACACCUUAUUACUCACUGAAAACGAAGCUGGAAAGACUGAGGAGCAAGUGAGCUAUGUGUAAAUAAGCCCAGUCUGAUGUAUAUCAGCUGCUCAUAUUUUGAGAGUGCUUCAUUCGUACAUUUAUGAAGUAAUAUACAUGAAAAGCUACUGUGUACAUCAGGUCCUCUCUGGCCACCCAUUUAUAAAAUUGCACUGAAUGUCUUAGCAAUGACUAGACAAGCAUUUAUGAAAGCACCUUUGAAAAAAGGUAAUUGAAUUGAGCUCACUGAAUUAUUUUUACAUGGAAUUAUUGGGAUUCAAAGAAUACAGAAUUCAAAAGGAGGGUGCCUUAAAUGGGUCUGGAAAGAUGAGGUCUAAAAAGAGAAAAGUUUCAAAAAGGCGGCCAGUAAUGGCAAAUAUGUUCAGGAUGUAGUGCAAAUUACAUUAGCAACUACAAUUUUCUCCAAGGGCAUACAGCAUUUUCAUCUGCAGUACACAACUUGAUAUUCAAAUGUUUUACACUGAAGCAGAGAUGGCUGACAAAGUAUGGUGGCAGAACAGCUGUAGGGCUGCAAACUGUUCAUCUCUGCAACUAGAACUAUUAUGGAUCUAUAUACAGGGUUUACCAUCGUACGAACUGUCCAUGCAAAGAUGCUGGCUUCUCAUGUAAAUAACAGCAAGUAGAAGAUAACAGGGCAGGAUAUUACACAGUGCACAGCCACUUUAUCAGGCCCCGCCUGUUCAAUAUGUUGUAAAAUUAUUAUUGUUCGUUUGUAAAAAA